GCAUGGCACUUCACAGUCCUGGACGAGCAAAAGCAUUGCAUCACGAACACCCCGGCAAUGGCCACUGACAAGUUGCGCGCUGCGUUGAAGACUUUCCUGGGCACGCACAGCGCGCAUGUGUUCGUGAGGCCGUUGCUGGGCAACUUCGUCUUCCUUGAUUUGGACGACUUCACGACCCAUAACAAGGACCUCACAGAGGUGCUGAGUCUGAAGCCGCGGGCCCUCGUUCGCACAAGCCCCAACAAGUACCAAGCAUGGUUGAUCCUUCCAGAGUCGCUGGCAUCCAGCCAAGCACCGUGGGCUGCUCGAGCCAUGCCCGCCCACUUCAAGAGGGACGACCGCUCGCUGAAGGCAACCCAGCAGGGGCGCGUGCCAGGCUCCAUGAAUGUGAAGGCGGGCAAGGGGACAGUGACAGAGCUGGUCCACAAUACGCCGGGGGCGACCUUGAACGAGGACGCCUUCUUCAAGAUGGUGCCCAAGCAGAAGGUCCACAUUCAGGGUGCCACGGUCGCUUCUGCGUCUGCCCCCAUCGAGGAGAAGGCCGCGGCGGACCGGUCAGGCCAGGAUUGGAAGCUCUGCUGCCAGUUAUUCGAAGACCCUGCCGGUUACUCGUUCCAGAUGGGCCUGCAAGCGUUGCUUCCGAAGAUGACGAAGGCCCAGGCGAGGCCUGACUGGUGCGCCAGCCAGACGAUCGAGAAAGCAUUCCAAAAGGUCGGCGGGCAUGCCGCCAUUGCGGCGGACCCAGCCGCCUCCUCCUCCAAGCCCGCGGCCGCGGUCAGCCAGAAGGUCGCCCAACCGCCCCCCAGACCGGCUGAGAGCCAGCAGGUGCCGCCUCAGAGCGCCGCCCCGAAAGCGCCUCAACAGCCCGCGCCGUCUGGGGGCGCCCAGGCGCCAGGCGAUGGCGGCAACCCACCUCAGGGCGACCGCGCGCCGUCCCAGGGCGCCGCCCCGGAGGCGCCUCCACAGCCAGCGUCGUCUGGGGCCGCCCAGGCGCCAGGCGAGGGCGGCCACGCGGCAGCGCCCGGGCAGUUCGCGUGCGUCGGGGACAUCCAGGAUGGCUUCUACGGCGCCCAGUGGGCUGCCGACGACGCCGACCGCGCCUGCGAGGUUUGCAAGCCCUUGGACGAGGCGCAGCUGCGCCGUCUGAAGACAGCGUGGACGUGUAAGCAAUGUGGCCCCACGAAGGCGAGGGGCAUGUUCACGCCCGCCCGGAGACGACACUACGCCGCCGCGCUGAAGAAGUUCCAGGAGAAGGGCAAGGACAACGUGGUCGACCACAACGCGAGGCGGGAGAGAAACCUGGACGCCGAGCUCCCCACGUGGGAGCGCAAGACGAAAGAUGAGGCCACGCGGUGGAUCAUGCAGGCUGACGAGACGGCGUUGCCCUCCGAGUGCCUGCAGUCCUACCAGGCCUGCAUCGCCCUGCGGGGCCGGCAAGAAUGGUGGCUCAGCGCCCCCGGCCAGUCCAAGUCGGAGUUCACGGCCGCCGAGAAGCUCAAGCACCUCGACGCUGCUCACGCUGACCUGAGCCACCUGCGCGGCCGCGACGGCGUCGUCGGCGUCCUCGAGGGGGAGCUCGGAGACAGA